CUUUGCAGCUCAAAUUGUGGAUAAUGUUGGGAUAGAUUUUGUGUGCAUGCACAAUUUAAUAAUUACAAAUCUUUGCCUGGAUGAUCCUGAAGCAGCCAAUGAAGGCUUUACCUCCUUGUUCAUCGAACACGAGCAACAAUCAUUUCCAUUAUGCCACUUCAAUGAUAAGAAUUUACAAUUCAGCACCAAACUGAAGUUUGCAGAAGGAGAAAAUUUGAUUCUUUUUACAAUGGGUCCAGGAAAAAUUAGUGUGACGGGGUAUUAUGAACAAAAAAUAGAUGAAGAUGAAGAAACUGCUAAUGUUGUUGAGGAAGAUGAGGAAGAAAUAAGAAAUAGCCAUAUCAUUAUUAUGGACUGACCUCUUAACAAAUGCAUAUCUGUAUAAAUAGUAU